AUGGCGUCAACCACUCAAGGGCAAGAUGAUGCCAAUGAUGAUGAAAAAGUUGUCUCCAGCACGGGAUCCCAAAGGGACCUUUCGGGUUCGAGCUCGAAUGAAUGUCUGCAGCCCACCCGGUCAAUGUCCAGCAGCGUGAGCAACUAUGAACCGAUCAUGGAAGCUGACCGUUUUGAAAUCACACGGGUUGCCACUGAAUCAAAGGGACUCGACCAGCGCGAGAAGAGUCAUGAUCCGGCUCUGGAUCCCGCUGACUCCGCCUUCGACAUAUACAAAUGGGCCAAGAUGGUCAUGCGAGAAGCCGAGGGCGCAAAUAUCAAGCUACGUCGUGCUUCGAUCACGUUCAAGAACCUGAAUGUAUCAGGCUCUGGGAUCGCUAUGAAUCUCCAGCCGACAGUAGCAUCUUAUCUUCUUGCACCAUUGCGUGCCGCCGAGUGGAUUCGCUUUGCGAAGAAGCCGCAGAGAAAGAUCCUCACUGGCUUUGACGGCGUUGUGAAGCCUGGGGAGAUGCUGCUGGUGUUAGGACGUCCUGGAAGCGGAUGUUCGACGCUUUUAAAGACUUUGGCUGGAGAACUCCAUGGCUUGAAAGUAGGAGAUGACUCGGUUAUACACUACAGCGGAAUACCUCAACAGCAGAUGAUCAAGCAUUUCAAGGGCGAGAUCGUCUACAACGCCGAAGUCGAUAUACAUUUCCCGCAUUUGACGGUCAGACAGACUCUCGAAUUUGCGGCUGCCAUGCGUACUCCUCGAAAUCGAAUCUUGGGGGAAACUCGGAAUGAAAACGUUCACAAAAUGACAGCCGUCGCAAUGGCAGUUUGCGGUUUAAGCCAUGUCCAAAACACGCAAGUAGGAAAUGCCUAUGUACGAGGUGCAUCAGGGGGGGAGAGGAAGCGAGUGAGCAUCGCUGAGAUGCUUCUCUCGUUCUCGCCCAUCGGUUGUUGGGACAACAGUACGCGCGGUCUGGAUGCUUCGUCUGCUAUUACAUUCGUCCGUACCCUCAGACUGAGUGCCGAUUUGAGCGGAUCCGCCCACGCAGUUGCGGCCUAUCAGGCUUCCCAGACGAUGUACGAUGCAUUUGACAAGGUUGUGGUUCUCUAUGAGGGUAAAGAGAUUUAUUUCGGUCCAACCAAUCUUGCGAAGGACUACUUUACAGAAAUGGGCUGGCUCUGUCCAGCUCGCCAACCAACUCCUGACUUUCUGACCUCAAUCACAAAUGUAGACGAAAGAAAAACGCGACCUGGAUACGAAGAAAAGGUGCCUCGUACUGCUGUCGAAUUUGAAAAAUACUGGCGAAGAUCAGGACUUUACAAGUCCCUUCAACAAGAAAUCAGGACCCAUGAAGAGGAAGACUAUGGUUCCGCCGCAGCCGAUGAAUUCAAAGCCGCACGCCGUGCAGUCCAAGCGCACCAUGUUCCUCCAAGCUCUCCCUACACCGUUUCGACUCCAAUGCAGAUCAAGAUAUGUACCAAGAGAGGCUUUCAGCGGCUGUGGAAUGAAAGAGUGAUCCGACUCACCUUGAUCAUUGGACAAGGAAGCAUGUCCCUCAUCAUCGGCUCCAUUUUCUACGGGACGAUCAACGACACCAAUAGUUUCUUCGCAAAAGGUUCUACCAUUUUCUUUGCUGUGUUAUUGAACGCUCUAAUUGCGGUUACGGAAAUCAAUCGCUUGUAUGACCAAAGGCCUAUCGUGGAGAAGCAAGUCUCUUACGCUUUCUACCACCCCUUUACAGAGGCGUUGGCUACGGUAAUAGCGGAUCUACCAGUUCAGCUGCUCACCGCCGUGAUCUUCAACGUCGUCCUCUAUUUCUUGUCAGGGCUGCGGAGAGAAGUUGCACAGUUCUUCAUCUUCUUCCUUUUCGCCUUUGUGACAAGACUGGCAAUGACUGGAUUGUUCAGAACGAUCGGGGCAGCGACCAAAACCAUUUCACAAGCACUGGCGAUUGCCGCCGUGUUCGUCCUGGCAAUAGUCAUUUACACCGGAUUCACGAUACCUCGACCGAAUAUGCACCCUUGGUUCAAGUGGCUUUCGUGGUGCAAUCCAGUUGCAUAUUCAUUUGAAGCACUUCUCGUCAACGAGUUCCACGGGAGACAAUUUCCGUGUGGCAACUUUGUUCCUGCAUAUCCAAACCUCGUCGGCGAUACGUUCAUUUGUUCCGUUCCCGGCGCAGUUGUCGGCCAACCGACUGUAUCUGGUGAUACAUACCUCGAACAGUCCUACAGAUACAGUUACAGCCACAUUUGGCGGAAUCUGGGCAUAUUGAUUGCUUUCCUGGUUUUCUUCAUGAUCACCUACCUCGGAAUAUCCGAGAUCAACUCGAAACCAGAGGGCAAGGGAGAAGUCUUGCUAUUCCGUCGUGGACAUGUUCCACGCUACGUCGAAGAGGGUCUGAGACAUGAAAACCAAGAGGAUCCCGAUGCCUCCCUCCCAAUAACCGCAAGUCAUGACAAUGACACCCGGGACGACGAUGUCCAAGCAAUCCCACCGCAAAAGGCCAUCUUCACUUGGCACAAUGUUUACUACGAUAUUCCGGUUGAGAAUGGCACACGCCGAUUACUCGACCAAGUAUCAGGUUGGGUCAAGCCUGGAACGCUAACUGCCCUGAUGGGUGUAUCAGGCGCCGGGAAGACGACACUAUUGGACGUUUUAGCCCAGCGCACCUCAAUCGGAAUUGUUACCGGGGACAUGUUGGUGGACGGAAGGCCGUUAGACCCUAGUUUCCAAAGAAAAACAGGGUAUGUUCAACAGCAGGAUCUCCACCUCGAGACGUCGACUGUUCGCGAAGCAUUACGCUUCAGCGCCAUGGUACGUCAGCCGAAAUCCGUUUCAAAGAAAGAGAAGUACGAGUACGUGGAAGAAGUGAUCAAGAUGAUCAACGCGGAAGACUUCGCCGAAGCUGUCGUUGGUGUGCCGGGAGAAGGCCUGAAUGUUGAGCAACGGAAACUCCUUACAAUAGGGGUCGAGCUCGCAGCGAAACCUGCCCUCCUGUUUUUCCUCGAUGAACCUACCAGUGGGCUGGACUCACAAAGCUCCUGGUCUAUCCUCAGGUUCCUCCGCAAGCUUGCUGACCAUGGACAAGCGGUCUUAUCCACCAUUCAUCAGCCCAGUGCACUGCUAUUUCAGGAGUUUGAUCGACUCCUUUUCCUCACAACGGGAGGUCGGACUGUCUACUUCGGCGACAUCGGCCCUAACUCGCAGACUCUCACCAGCUAUUUCGAGAGGCACGGUGCCAGGCCCUGCACUGAUUCGGAAAAUGUGGCAGAGUACAUGCUGGAAGUUGUCAAUCCUGAAGCAAGUGCUCAAGCCAAUCGUGAUUGGGUUGAGAUUUGGAGAUCAAGCGAAGAGAACAAGCAUAUGCUGGCGGAGUUGGACCAAAUCAACCAGGAAAGAAGCAAAAUCCCUGUGGAGGACAGCACCGUCACAAACCUUGGCCAGUUCGCCGUGCCAGUCUUCACCCAGAUCUACUACACGACUAUUCGUGCCUUUCAGCAGUAUUGGAGAACUCCGGGGUAUGUUCUUCACAAGUUUGGCCUUGGUGUUGCUUCGGCUCUGUUUAUUGGCUUCUCGUUUUGGCAGUCCAACAGCUCCCAACAAGGGCUACAGAAUGUCCUGCUGAGCGUCUUCAUGCUCACAUCGAUAUUUACGGCUUUAAUCCAGCAAAUCAUCCCGCGCUUUGUCAUUCAGAGAUCGCUCUACGAAGUCCGCGAGCGCCCGUCGAAGGCAUAUUCCUUUGUGGCGUUCCUCCUCGCCAACAUUCUCGUGGAAAUACCCUACCAGAUCCUGCUCGGCAUCAUGGCAUACGCUUCGUAUUAUUACUCGGUCUUUGGCAUACAAUCCUCCGAAAGACAAGGCCUUGUUUUGUUAUUUUGUGUACAGUUUUUCGUGUAUGCAAGCACGUUCUCUCAGAUGGUGAUCGCGGCUCUGCCUGAUGCGGAGACUGCUGGCAUUAUCGCAACACUCAUGUUCGCCAUGUGUGUGAUAUUCAACGGCGUGCUUCAACCACCAAACGCACUGCCGGGCUUUUGGCACUUCAUGUACCGUGUGAGCCCCUUCACGUACAUCAUCGAUGGCAUUGUGGCGACAGCGCUGCACAGCCGCAAGGUCGUGUGCGCAGAGAACGAACUGAGCGUCUUCUCUCCGCCACCAAACAUGACUUGCGGGCAGUACCUCGCGCCUUACCUCCACGUGGCACCGGGGACACUAUACAAUCCCGCGGCAACGAGCAACUGCGAGUACUGCGCCCUGUCCGUCGCGGACCAGUAUCUGAGUCCUCGUGGCAUCUCGUGGGGCCAGCGCUGGCGCAACUUUGGCCUCGUCUGGGCAUACGUGGCGUUCGAUCUGUUCAUGAUCCCUCUGCUCUACUACAACUUCCGGAUGAAGAAGUGGCGCGGCAAAGUCGGGGCCAGCAGAACGCGGAGAGGGCUGAACACGACCUACGCUUGGAUCCGCACCUUCGGAAGGCUUUGUCGGAGGGUCCUGACGGGGCACCGGGAGAAGCUGCCCUUGGAAAAGCGCGCCGAGAAUCCUCGGGUGUACUAA